AGAACACGCCUGUGUGGACCGCUUCUAGCGAUUCGCAAGCAUCAGAGGGCUUGCAGUACAAGCAAGUACCCAAGGCUAUGGAUUAUGUGGGGAUUCCGCUUCAAGACGUACACACUUCGAGCGCCGUUUUACUAACUCCCACCCCUGAUGGCCAAGUACAUUUGGACGGAGUGCUUAAUAACACCUACGUCAUCAAAUCCUUGCCGCAACGAGUUUUGAAGCACGUUCUUUACGGAGGACACAAUCUCUACGAGCCGCAUCAUACGAAGAACGUGACGAAUGACGAUGACUUCGCCUACACGCAUCAUCAUGUGGUGUACAAGGUACCUUCGUCGGACCAGUACACAGAUCUGAAGAUUACAGAUCCUGAGGGCCAUAGGGUGAAACGCAAUGCACCGGAUAUCAUUUAUCCCGAAGUCAUGGUAGUAGCCGACUACACCAUAUACAAAUUACUCGGCGAAGAUAUCGAGCGGACUAUAAAAUACCUUAUCUCGUUUUGGAACGGAGUCGAUUUGAGGUAUCGUUUGCUAACCACACCCAAAAUUCGAUUUAACAUCGCAGGAAUCGUCAUAGGCACGGAACCAAAUGCGACGCCUUAUCUGGAGAACAGUCGUUUCGAAGUUUCAUCAGUGGACGCGGAUCGAGCUCUACGCAGCAUGGCCGAUUACUUUUAUCGCGAGAACAGAUUCCCGACGGAGUUUUACGACAUUGCGAUCGCGAUGACACAUCUGGACAUGUGCAACAUGCUCACCGAUGACUUUUGCGACACGUCGACUUUGGGAUACGCUUACGUAGCCGGUGCAUGCGACAGAAAUGCAACGAAGCAAUCAUCCGAGGCCGUAGGAAUCGUUGAGGACAACGGUGGAUUCUCCGGUAUCAUCCCUACGGCUCACGAGAUCGGUCAUCUAAUAGGAGCACGGCACGACGGUAACCCGAAAGGCGCCGGAGAUUGUCCGGCUCACGAUGGCUUCAUCAUGACCAGCGGACUGAUGUUGCACGAGAACGGCUUCGAAUGGUCCUCGUGCAGCAUAAACGCCUUCUACGAUUUCAUCACCGAGGACAGAGCGAAGUGUCUUUACAACGAGCCUGCAACAGGUCCACCGGUGACGCGACUUUUGCCCGGGACUCUGUUGUCCUUGGACGAUCAGUGCAUGAAGGUCUUCGGUACGCGGGCAUGUAACAAAGACGCUACGGUCUGCACUCGCUUGGAGUGCGCAUACCCUGGAAUCGAUGACUACUGCAGAGCAUUAGCGCCAGCAGCGGAAGGUUCUUCUUGCGGAGACGGUUUGAUCUGUCUAAAUGGCAAAUGCGUGCUUGAGGGAGUAAUAACCAAAGAAAAGAAGAAAUUACUCGAGAAGUUCCUACCGAAGUUCACCCUGCAAAAAAUCAGAAAGAUUCCGUGGAUGCAAUUGCUGCACAAACUGAAGGACAAACUGAAGGACAAGCUGAAAAAUCUUUUCGCGUGAAAAUAAAUAUUAAUGUUAUCGAGGACACUAUACACGCUGAUAUAUCUACCACCGCACUUCACGUUGUUGCUGCUUUAAUAGGGAACCAUAUAAGAACAAAGCAAAAAGAUACAUGUUAUGUUAGGAAUAUAUUUUAUGUUCUUUUUGAGAAUAAAUUAUAUUCUGAUUGAAAA